AUGCCGUUGAUGGGGAGAUGUGUUGAUGGUGUACAUACAGUUACAGCUGUUGAUGUUGUAUCUGACGUUACAGGUGUUGAUGGUGUAUCUACAGUUACAAGUGUUGAUGUUGUACCUACAGUUACAAGUGUUGAUGGUGUACCUACAGUUACAGGUGUUGAUGGUGUACCUACAGUUACAGGUGUUGAUGGUGUACCUACAGUUACAGGUGUUGAUGGUGUAUCUACAGUUACAGGUGUUGAUGGUGUAUCUACAGUUACAGGUGUUGAUGGUGUACUUACAGUUACAGGUGUUGAUGGUGUACCUACAGUUACAAGUGUUGAUGGUGUACCUACAGUUACAAGUGUUGAUGGUGUACAUACAGUUACAAGUGUUGAUGGUGUACCUACAGUUACAGUUACAAGUGUUGAUGGUGUACUUACAGUUACAGUGUUGAUGGUGUACUACAGUUACAGUGUGAUGGUGUACCUACAGUUACAGGUGUUGAUGGUGUACCUACAGUUACAAGUGUUGAUGGUGUACCUACAGUUACAGGUGUUGAUGGUGUACCUACAGUUACAGGUGGUGUGA